CACUUAGAUGUUUAGGUAAGGCCGCGGACUGGUUGGAUCAUGGGAUCCAGGUUUGGGUCUUACAAGUUGGUAUCAGAGCAUGCUUGAUUCUAGGCUGUGGUUAGGGCAGGUCAUCACACAUCCGGCUGGGUCUCAUGGCAGGUUUUGGGUUCUGGUUAACAUAAUAUUGCUUGAGGUUUGCAAAUAAAAAUGUUAAUCUAACCUUUUGCCUUGUGUUUGUCUUUGAUGUCCUAAGGGAACUAAGAAGAGGUCUCGGAAGACUAAGGAUGGGACAGGGGCGUCCGCAGCUGGAGAUGCCUCAGUGCCUAAUCCGCCAGUGUUGCUGUCAGUUCCACCUACUGGUCAGACCAGUGAGGCCAUCCUGACUGAAACUCAAGUGAACCAGACUGAGGUUCAGCUGGGUGGAGAGGAUAGGCAGUUGGACGAGACCGGGCAACCACUGAAUGCGGCUGGAAACCAGUUAGGAGCAGGAAGUGGGCAACAAAGGAAUGAUCAGGAAGGUGAGGCUGAGUCCUCAGAGACUGGUAACCGGACUGAUCCAAACAUCCAAGGAGAUGGGAGGAUUGGACCGGAUGAACCAAUGGCUGAACCUACCAUGAAGCAGAUACUUGAUGCAAUCAAGUUGAUGGGAAGUCAGAUGCUGGCUAUGACCCAAGUGUUCACGCCUGUUGUGAAUUCAUCUAUGGGUCAAACCACUCAAGCACCGGUGAUAGUUCCAGGAGUUGCUGACACUGGUGGAUAUGUGGCGCCUCUUGCUGAGGUGAUUGAGUUAGAUCCACCAGUUGGGGCAACCAAGAAGGUUGAUUACCUAAAGGUGCUUGAGCACAUCACCCGUUUGGGAACCAAACACUUUGCUGGAAGUGCUGAUCCCAUGGAGGCAGAUGAGUGGAGGGACCGGCUGGCUAGGAACUUCAGGUCUACGAGGUGCCCUGAGGAGUACCAAAGAGACAUAGCAGUGCACUUCCUGGAGGGAGAUGCACACAACUGGUGGCUGUCCUUAGACAAGCGCACCAAUGGCUCUAUUGUGAAGUUCUCUGACUUUGAGGUUGAGUUCAACCACAAGUACUUUCCAGCUGAAGCAUGGGACCGUUUGGAAGCUAAGUUCCUGGACUUGGUUCAGGGCAAACGGUCAGUAAGGGAGUAUGAGGAAGAGUUCAACCGGCUCAGGAGGUAUGUGGGUAAGGAACUUGAGGAUGAGAAGGUUCAGGUCCGCAGGUUCAUAAGGGGCUUGAGGCCUGAGCUUAAGACUUAUUGCUCAGUCCGUACCUUCAACACAGUCUCUGAGUUGGUGGAGAGGAUGGCAAUGCUGGAGACCAAUCUGGCUGAGGAAAACAAACACAAGCUUAAGAGUGUGGUGGUGUCUUCCGGUCAGAGUGGUGACAAGAAGAGAAAGAGGGAUGCGGCUGAAGGGGGUAAAACCUCAAGUGGUAGGCCAGAGUGUCCCAAGUGUGGUAAACACCAUGGAGGAGAGUGCUGGAAGGCAAUGGGAGCCUGUACCCGUUGUGGCAAGAUGGAUCACUCAGCUCGGGAUUGUCCUGGUCCGGAUAGGAACCGUGGGCAAGGCUCGACCAGUGAGGCCAGGACUUGUCAUCAGUGUGGUAAGAAAGGGCAAUUCCGUGUGGACUGUCCUCAGUUGCAAACUGGACAAGGCAAGGGUCGUGGUGAGCAGAACCGGCCAGACCCCAAACAAGGCCAAACUUCAGCACCUCGAGUCUAUGAGCUUUCAAGGGAUGUGGAUGAGUCCGGACCCUUCAAGGCGAUCACUGGUAUAAUUCUAAAACCCAUUCUUCUUAAAUUUUUAAAUUUAUUAGAAUGGCAUGGUAUGGAAUCUAGGAUGGACUAGAUACUUAGCUAAGGUCUUAUGUAGGGACCUUAUGU